UCAGAUUAAAAGUGCCUGGCGCGCCGGCGCUGGGGAUGGUUUCCUUCUCUCUUUUUCCCGAAACAACUUUUUCAACAAGUUACUCUUUGCUCUAAAGAAAGGAAAAGCCAUGUCUGCCAGCCUUGUUCUCCGUGGAACCCUUGUCGGUCACGCCGGUGCCGUCACCGCUCUCGCCACCUCGGCCGAGAACCCCGACCUCCUGGUCUCCGCCUCGCGCGACAAGACCCUGUUCGUCUGGAACCUGACCCGCGACGACACCAACUACGGUGUUGCCAAGCGCUCGCUCCACGGCCACAACCACUUUGUCGAGGACGUCGUUAUCUCGUCGGACGGCCAGUACGCUCUGUCGGCCUCGUGGGAUAAGACCCUGCGCCUGUGGGACCUGAACACCGGUGUCACCACCCGCCGCUUCGUUGGCCACACCAAGGAUGUCCUCUCGGUUUCGUUCUCGCCGGACAACCGCCAGAUCAUCUCGGCCUCGCGCGACAAGACCAUCAAGGUCUGGAACACCCUUGGUGAGUGCAAGUACGACAUCACCGAUGAGGGCCACUCCGACUGGGUCUCGUGCGUCCGCUUCUCGCCCAACCCCAACAACCCCCUGAUCGUCUCGUCGGGCUGGGACAAGGCUGUCAAGGUCUGGGAUCUGACCAAGUUCAAGCUGCGCACCAACCACUACGGCCACACCGGCUACGUCAACACCGUCACUGUCUCGCCUGACGGUUCGCUGUGCGCCUCGGGUGGCAAGGACGGCGUCACCAUGCUGUGGGACCUCAACGACGGCAAGCACCUGUACUCGCUGGAGGCCGGCGACAUCAUCAACGCCCUGGUCUUCUCGCCCAACCGCUACUGGCUGUGCGCUGCCACCAGCUCGUGCAUCAAGGUCUGGGACCUCGAGUCCAAGUCCUCGGUCUGCGAGCUCCGCCCCGACUUCGUCGGUGUCGGCAAGAAGUCGAACGACCCCGAGUGCAUCUCGCUCGCCUGGUCCGCUGACGGCAACGUCCUGUUCGCCGGUUACACCGAUAACAUCAUCCGUGUCUGGCAGGUCACCAACAGCCUCUAAAUGCAAGAAGGCUGGACAAACAAGCCGUGUGCGCGUUUGAAUCCGAUGUUCGGCUGGUAAUGUUCUUUCCCGAAUGUGCAGCCCGAAUAAAG